GCAAUUAAACUGAUCAAUUGCAAAAGCCUUGUGAGUCUUCCAACGAACAUUUGGAAGUUGAAAUCUCUGGAGAGCCUUGAUCUCAGUGGUUGCUCUAAAUUUCAACACUUCCCAGAAAUCUCGGAGGCUAUGAAACAUCUGGAAGAAUCUGUUGUUGGUCUCACUGCAAUUAAACUGAUCAAUUGCAAAAGCCUUGUGAGUCUUCCAACGAACAUUUGGAAGUUGAAAUCUCUGGAGAGCCUUGAUCUCAGUGGUUGCUCUAAAUUUCAACACUUCCCAGAAAUCUCAGAGGCUAUGAAACAUCUGGAGUUUCUAAAUUUAUCAGGUACAAUGGUGAAAGAGGUACCCCCAUCAAUUGGAAAUCUAGUUGCGCUUCGAAAAUUAAACCUGGCUAAGUGCAAUUACCUUGAGGUUGUCCAUGAUUACCUCUUUCGUUUAACCUCAUUACAAGAGUUAGAUCUGAGUAGCACCAAAAUUAAGAGCUUACCCGCAAGCAUCAAACAAGCUUCUCAACUGUCUCGGCUGUGCCUCAAUGAUUGCAAUAGCCUUGAAUAUUUACCAGAGCUCCCCCCAUUGCUGCAAUGUCUUAAAGCAAAUGGUUGCACGUCACUGAAGACAGUGUCAAGUUCAAGCACUGCACUCGCACAAGGUUGGGAAGAAUAUAGAUUUUAUCGAGGGCUUUAUGAGAAACAUAGUUUUCUUAAUUGCCCAAAGUUGGAUGAGAAUGCACGAAGCAACAUAAUGGGUGAUGCACAGCUCAGAAUUAUGCGAAUGGCAACUGCGUCAAAGUUUAAAGAAGACAAAAUUGAAGAAACAUCAUAUGAUUCAAAUAAGGAAUCUUUACGCAAGAGAUCUUUUGUUGCCAUUAGAUGUUGUGGGAAUGAAAUUCCAAAUUGGUUCAGCCAUAAAAGUGAGGGAUGUUCAAUAAAGAUUGAGCUUCCUCGUGAUUGGUUUAGCACAGAUUUCUUGGGUUUCGCUCUAUCUUUUGUUGUUGUUGCUGCUACACGUUGCAUGGAGAUUGGAUGCAAGUACAACUUCAAAACUAGUAAUGGUGAAAGCCAUGAAGUCAGCCAUUAUUUGUAUAAUCUGUUCCCCACUGAUAGUACCCUUCCAAUUGUGGAAGAUUCAAAUGGGGUGUUUGUGUGGUGGUAUAAUAAUGUCUUUGAAGAAGUUGUAAAGGGAGCUGAAAGCCCCACUGCGUUUUACAAACUUGUUACUGAGGUCAAUGUUGACUUCGCCGUAAGCCCCGAACUCUUUCAGAAGGUGGAAAAGUGUGGGAUAUGUCUGUUGUAUGGCAAAGAUGCUGAGAUGAUAAAGCAGAGGGCUUUGUAGAUCAAGCCGAUAUCCCUAAAUUCAAAAUUUCAGUUUAUUUGAGCUGUUUGCAAGACUUGUGGCUGAGGAUGCUUUUUGAGUUUCUUAGGCUUAGGGAUGUCUUUCUUGUUUUAACCCUUCGUCCUCUCCAUCGCCAAGCUUUUUGUCUGAGGAUGCUUUUGAGUUUAGUUUCUCACGGUCAUGCCCCAUGUAAUUUUCUUCAUUGAAUUCAACUAUUAAAUUGUUAAAAGUUAACAGUAUUAAAUUUUGCAUCAAUUGGAUUUCUGCUUCAACU